AUGAUAUCUAAAGUUGUUUCUGAAAUUGAUGAUAAUAAAAAUUCUUAUGGUAAAGAAAAUGAUUUAGAAAUGAUGGAUGUGUUGAAAUUAGCAAUAAAAUCUAACAAUAAUCCAAUUAAACUUUUUACUGAAUUGAAUGAUCAAGCCUUUGGUAUGGCAGCCAUCAUGGGUCUUGAUCCACCAUUAUUCUCAAUUUGUCAUAUUUUAAGUCCUUUGUAG